AUGAGUCAGCAAGUUGGCCUGACAACGAGGCACAGGCCAGCCAGCCUUCCCCUGGCCACUAGUGCCAACCCCACCGCUACUGCACUGAAGCCAGCACUGGGCGCCUCGCUCCAUGACGUGCUGACGCGUCUCAAGGCGGAGCCGCAGCGAUUUCCCAAGCUGGACCUGGCGUACUCGGCGACAAAUCCGGUGAGCGAGCCGGUGGUGCUAGGACUGCCGGCCAACGGGAUCCGACUGCGGUUUGACGGGCCAGAGCAGCGGCUACGACUGAUCGAGAUCCUCGACUUUGGCAAGAACCACAUCGUCUUCAAGGAGCACAACAAGGACCGCGACCUGGUCAAGCCGGCGGGCGAUCCGUCGGCGUCGACGGGCGGCCCGACCUUUCGACACAUCUACUCACGCUUCCUGGGGCCGACAUACGACGGCGAAUACGUCCGAGGGGCGACGGACGGCGAGGGCACGUACGUGCUGUCAUACCCGGGCGUGGCGUUUACGUUUCCGAUGGCGGCGGCGGCCUACGCGCCCGACAAGGACGUGGUGUCGCUGCUGUCGACGCCGACGAGCCUGGCGGCCGUCUCGAUGGCCGUCUUCAGCGGCGACUCGUGGGCCCAGGCGCGCGAGCACCUCUGGACCGAGGUGCUGCCGCCCAUCAAGACGUUUGCUCCGCUGGCCAAGGGCAAGGACAAGGACGCGGCGCCCGACGAGAUCUCGCUGGUGCGCGUGCACGGCGGCGGGCGACUGCAGCUCUUCCGGCGCUGGGCGACGACGGCGAGCAGCGCGUUCGGCAUCGCCCUAGGCGAGACCACACCGCAGGAGCUGGUGGCCGAGCUAGGGCCACCCGACGCCAUCUACCGCAAGAGCGACCAGCGGAUGUACAUCCACAAGAUCCGCACGGCCAGCAGCAGCCGGACGCGUGGUGGUGUGGGUGGCGGCCUCGCUGGUGGCCAUGUUGGCAGCCAUGGCGGCAGAGCUGGGACCGACGACCACCUGACGGACACGGACCAGUCGUCGUGCUUCUUCAAUUACUUCUACCUCGGCUUUGACGUGCUGGUGUCGACGCCGGGACCAUCGUCACGGAUGCCGCCAUCGCAGGCAGCGGCAUCAGGGGCAGGAGACACGGGCACGGAGUGGACAGAUGCGAGCAAUGGCGAGGGACAGCGGCCGCUGAGAACGGCCAUGGCCGACCGGCUGGUGGCGACCAAGAUGGUGCUCCACGGCAACGUGCCAGGGUCGUACCCGUUCAACCGACACCGGCGCUGUCGGUGGGAGAUUGCGUACAUUGAGGCGCGGGCACGGGCAGACUCGGAGACGCCGUUUCCGCAGAUGGAGGCAGCGCUACACGAGGAGUGGAAGACGAUCUACGGGUCGGACGAGGAGGCGCGGCAGCGGGAACGCGGCAUGGUGUUGAACCGGGGCUGGGGCGACAGUCCGGGCAGCAGCAUCGAGCUUCUGGGCGGCUGGGAGGGCCACAGUGGAGGGGCAAUGCGCGGCGUCAAGAGCGCGGAAGACUCGACGACGACGCUGUAUGGCUUUCCAGGGCUGGUAUUUGAGGUGCUUCGGAACGGCCGUCGAGGCCCGGCCUCCCGGGGUCGGUCCGGCCUUGCGCGAUCGGCCAGCAGCGGCACCAGCACCAGCUACCAGGCAGCGUCUUCUUCCACAACGCCACCGGCCACGGCCACCGGUACUCCGGCCAGCAACGACUCGCCCGGGCCCACGGCCAGCAUCUCGACUGUCUCGACUGCAUCGACUGCCCCUCACGAUGGGCCAUCGCCCCAGCGAAGCGGCACCCAUCGCUCGUCCCAUCACCGGCCGCACGCCCACCAGCGGCCUGGUGCCGGCGGCUUCUUGCUGCAGGGCCCUCUCGAUGGCCCAGCAGCAAGAAGCCGUCGGGACAAGGCCGCCAACAGGACGGCCGACAGCAUGGCAUCACUGCCCAGCGCUGAGCAUGCUGCCUCGCCCGAUCUCGACGCGGCCCAGAUCGUCAACAUGGCCCUGAACCUCCGCGAAUCCCGUCGGCUGCCGGCACGGCGAUCCGUCUCCUCGUACCAGGUCCCCCCCCGGUUGGCUCCGCUGCCGGACAGCAGCGUUGGCGGCAGCCUUCGACACCAGCUGCAGCAGCAGCGCCGCGUAUCGCGCAAUCUGUCACCGCGGCCGGACCGCGAUUCAAUCCCGGCUAUCUCUGUCUCGGCCUCGGCCGAGAACCAGACCCCCUUUGACACCUUCCAGGAGACUUCGUAUCGAUACCAUCCCUCUCAGUCGACGCUGGCUCGGGCACAAAAGGCCCGCAACCAUCUCGAACUCCUGGCCCAGCACCGACGGCUGCUGGCACUCCUCCCACCACUGACACCACCUCCACCGGCCUCGUCGGGUCAAGGCAGCAGCGGCAGCAAUACCAAUAACACCAACAACACCAACAGCAACAACAACAACAACAACAACAACAACAACAACAACAACAACAACAACAACAACAACAACAACAACAACAACAGCAACAGCAACAAUAACAGCAACAGCAACAAUAACAAUUACCGACCAUACAAUCCACUGCAGUACAUCCGCAACCGCAAGGUCCGGGCGCGGGAACGCAAGGCCAUCAACGGUCAGGCCCAGGGCUUCGGCUACGUGCUCAAGACGACGCAGUGGGUCGACGAAGUCGAGCGACAGGCAGGUCGAGCGGCUGACGAGGGACGCUCGCCUGACGGCGGCAUGUUGCUGCCCCCGUUUGCUAGCGCCGACGAGGCUGCUCAGCACAGCUCGUCCGGACCGGCAUCGCGCAUGAACACGGCAGCCGGCACGCGGGCCAAGCCCAAGCGGCCACCGGUCGACUGGAUCAUCGACCCGGCAGACAUGAUUGCAGACGUGUACUGGCUAGAGCAGGACGACAACAAGCGUCUGGUCGAAGACCGGCACUGGCACCGCGUCUUCCCGCAGGACGACGACACGUACAGGCCGCUGUCGGGUCGCACAGACGAGUCGAGCCUCGGAGUAGACCUGCCGGAAAAGAUGGACCUGGCCCUCGACGAGGCCGACAUGCACGGCGGACCACCGGGAGCGAAACCGGGGGUGCCGUUGUUGCCGUCGCCUUCACACGAGCCAGAGGUCGGAUCGGCACGCGAGCGAGCACGGCAGAAGCUGCGCGAGCUCAAGGGGCUGCACCAGCGCCACAACAACUCGGUGCACGGCGACCUGUUCCUGGCCCAGCACGGCAGCUCGUUUACGGAAUCGUCAGACUCGGAGAGUGAUCGACGCAGACAGGCCAACCGGCUGCGGUCCGACACGGUCACGGCUACGGGGGCUGAGAUGCUGCGGCGCCAGAUGGUCGACCGACUGGCACAGGAGCAGCGCGAGCGAGACGAGGGAUCGAGCUCACUCUCGCCGCUGCCCAGCCACAGCAGACGGGCAUCGGAGGUCGACAUGGCCGCGGCGACAGGGCGGGCGAGCCUGGAGGUACCAGGUGGCGGGCGGCCACUGUUGGUCGACUACGACUCGUCGCAACCAGCAUCGCCAGAGAUGCGGCCCAUCUCACGAGAAGGACUGGGCUUUGUACCGGCACUGGGCGGCGAUCUGUCGCCGGUACCAAGCCGCACGGCCUCGCCACCACGUCACCGGUUCAGCAAGGUUCGAAGCAUGUUCCGAGACCACAGCCGGGAGCAUGGCGGAGGAAUGGAGGAGACAGUGCGGGAGGAAGAGAGCGAGACGACGAUGCUGGGGCCUAACGACGCGGCGGGCGAGACGUCAGAGACGCCACUGGCCGAUCUGACACCGACGACGACAGCGGAAGCGGUGCCGACGAUCGAGCUGAGUCCGACAGGGCUACGGGCGUUUCUGCGAGGCGGUCCUCGGAUCGAUGCGGUGAUCCGGAACGGCAUGUCCAAGAUGAGCGGCAUGCUGUGGCGGCGUGAAGCAGCCGACACGACAGCCGAAGGACUGUCGUCGUGCACAUCGUCAUCGGACGAGGAGAGCGACGCCGAGGCCGAGGCGCUGUCGCGAGGCCGGUCACGAAGCAAGGCCGGUAGCCGGCUGCUAUCACGGUCACCAUCGCAAGCAGGCAUGGGAGCAGACGGAGCGGGUGCCGAGAAGGAGAAGCCGGGGACGAAACACUACCUCGACAUCAUGCCGCGAUUUGCGCGGAGCGAGAGCAGCACGAGCAUCGCAGGCGGAGGCGACCAGGGACAUCAGCUGCUGCAGGUGCCCAGCGCUUCGACGGCCGAUGCGAUCUCGCGGCCGGCCAGUCAGCAGUCGGCGCGCUUUGAGCGGCUCAAACCACCACGGAUCGACAUCCAGGCGGCAUCGCCAUCGGACAGCGUGGCUGACCAGCUGCAGCUGCUGGGGAUGGACGAGCAGCAGGGCUGGCACGAGUCGGACCAGUCGGAGAGCGAGUCGCGGUCACGGCCAGAUGGUGGUGUGGGUGUGGGUGAAUGGUCGGAGACGCAGACACGGCAGCGGGCGGUGUCGUCCAGCGGGCGCUCGCCACUCUGUCGGCGGGAGCUGGCACGGGUGCGGGCCUCGCUGCUGAGCUCAGCCGUGGUGGCCAACGAGCUGUCGCGGCGGGCGAAGCAGCGACGGGUCCUGACCGAAGAUGGAUGCGCGGUGAAGACGAUGGAGGGGAGUCAGCAGGCAGAUGAGGCGAUUAGUCAGCAGACGAAAGACGAGGACGAAAGCAGCAGCAGCAGCAGGCAGCCGAAAACGCCCUCGAGCAUCGUGGUCGCGCGAGGCAGCGACGGGACCGUGCUGACAUGGGCGGACGUGGCGGCGUUUGGAUGUUCGGAGGCGGCAGCGACAGAGCUGGCGCGACGGCCGGUGGCGCCGAUGGAGCUGUACCCGCUGGCGGCGCAGGUGAUGGGAGCGGCCGUGCAGCGAAGCGGACAGGCGUGGCAGGAGACAGCUGAAGUGUUUGGAGGGACGCGAGCAGAGGCGCUGCGACGACGGGCGGACGAGCUGCGGACGCGGGUAGCGAUCGGGCUGUCGGGGCUGGCGUCGCAGGCAGCCGACGAGGCGGACGAGGUCAGCCGCGAGCUCGCCGACGUCCGACGUCUGCAGGUCAAGCGGCUCGACGACGCCAUCGAUGCGAUGCUGCGGCGACGGCGGCGACGGUUCCGAUGGGUUCGGCGGGCCGGCUGGCUGACGGUCGAGUGGGUCCUCGUCGGCUUCAUGUGGUACGUCUGGUUCGUCGUCAUGCUGGCACGGGUCGUGCUGGGGGCGUUCCGGGGGGUCGCCGUCGGGAUCCGAUGGCUGUUGUGGUUGUAG